CAACUCUGAAAUCUACACACCUAUAGAUCGAGAUCGAUCGAGAGAGACCAAAAUCAAGAUGGCUAAUUUCCAAGCUGCAGUCGUGACAAUCCUAGGACUAUUAGCAUUUGUAGCCCAAAUUGCCACGGCUCAAAACUCGGUGGCAGAUAUCGUGACUGCCGACUUCUUUAACGGGAUUAUUAACCAGGCUGCCGCUGACUGCACCGGCAAGAGCUUCUACACCAGACAGGCUUUUCUCGACGCCCUUGCCUCUUACACCGAUUUCGCUACCACCGGCUCUGCUGAUGACAAUAAACGCGAAAUUGCAGCUUUCUUUGCUCAUGUCACUCAUGAGACUGGCCACUUUUGCUACAUAGAAGAGAUAAAUAAGGACACCUACUGCGACGGAAGCAGAACAGACUACCCAUGCAACCCUGCCAAGCAGUACUACGGGCGCGGACCACUCCAACUCACCUGGAACUACAACUACGGAGCUGCCGGAAAUGCCAUAGGCUUUGACGGUUUGAACUCCCCAGAAACGGUGGCUUCAGACCCGGUCAUCGCGUUCAAGACAGGCCUGUGGUUUUGGAUGAACAAUGUUCACUCUGUUAUAAGCCAAGGAUUCGGAGCCACAACUCGAGCCAUCAACGGUGCCGUCGAAUGUGAUGGCAAAUCUCCGGACACUGUUCAAGCUCGCGUCAACUAUUACACUGACUACUGUACCCAAUUCAAUGUUGCUCCCGGUGACAAUCUCUAUUGCUAGAGACACAGACAUAUUAUUAGCUAAUUAAUCGGAAUAAUGAAUCAAUAAAGGUGCAGCUUAAUUGCCUAAAAGAAAAUAACAUGAUAUGUCAGUAUAUCAUGCACCUUAAAGCUAGCCAUGGAAGGAGAGGACUAGCUCCCUCCUAUCAUGUUUUCCAUUUCCACACAUCAAAUAGUUAAAUAAAGAGCUUCAAAUUUUUACCGAGCUUUGUUGGUUGUAUUUGGGAGUUUCUUCUUUCACAUUUCUUCGGUACGUGUUGAUUUUAUUUUGAUUGCCAAUUCAAAAACU